AUGUCUCGUAUGGCAUCCGAGAGUGGUUAUGGUGGAGGGGGUGGUGGAGGGCCAAUGGAACAGCAUGAGAACAUGGGCUUCAACCCUAUGGAUCCAGAUGACGAGGAGACAAUAGCAUGGCUCAUGGGCCCGAGGAGUGUCGAUAUACUCAAACAUGGUGGUGGUGCACAGCACUCCCUCUACACGGCAAGUGGAGGAGGGGGUAUAGCACGGUUUAUACUGUACAUAGCUCUACUAUCUCUCGAAUCAAUGGCUCCCUUCAUAAUAAUGGCGACCGCAUUGGCGGGGGCAGCUCUCAUAGUCCAAGGCAUCGUGAGCACCGUCUUUGCAUUUGGAGGAGUGUCACCCUCACAUGCUCUUCUAGACCUCAUCAUUGACUCACCAUCGGAGUGGUCAGAUUGGUUCAUACUCUUACUCUUGCUACUCAUAUUUGCUUGGGGUGUGGCUGUACAGUCUAAGGACUACGAGAAGGUUCUCUAUAGAAGUAACAAUCUCAUAGCCUCUCCCCGACACACUAUAGAGGAGCAGAUAACCUGCCCAGUGCCUCAGCAUCGAGCCCCCAUCACACCAGUGGCAACAGCAGCAACAAGCAGUGCUGGUGUUGGUGCUGUCUAUCACAGACUGGAUGACGGUGGUUAA